AUGAGCAAACUUCCGAUCACAAGCCUUUUCCUUUUGGUUGCUGCAAUGGUGGUGCUUCUCGCUGGAGCUCGUGCAGCGGAGGCUGCGGCGACUUGCGACCUUGACAAUCUGAAACCAUGUCUCUUGGCUUUCACGUUGCAUGUGCGGCCAUCGGGAGCUUGCUGCCGGAGGGUGAGGGAGCAAGAAUCAUGCUACUAUCGUUUGAAAGCUGUUCUUCCCUCUACAAUAGCUCAACAUCAGUCGGCUUUUGUUAGAGGGCGUCAAAUUACCGAUGCAAUUUUAGUGGCCAACGAAGUGGUCGAUCUCUGGUGUUGCUCAAAGAAACGGGGUAUUAUCAUAAAGUUGGAUCUUGAAAAAGCCUUCGAUAAGUUAAAUUGGGACUUUCUCUAUAAAGUUUUGUAUCAAAAGGCUGACAAAUGGAUUUCUUCGAUCAUUGGAUGCACUUCCACGGUAUCAUAUUCCAUUCUUCUGAAUGGCAAAUUGAGAGGAAAUAUUUCAGCCAAACGCGGCAUCAGACAAGGGGACCACUUUCCCCUUUUCUCUUUGGCUAUGGAUUAUCUAAGUCGUAUUUUGGAAGAAGCCUACACAAAGGGUCUUAUUGAAGCUGAAGAUCUCCCCCAUCUAGCUAGAAUAUGGGAUUGCCCAAUUAUUUCUCUUCUGAUUAAUUAUCUGGGGAUGCCACUGGGAGGUAAUCCAAAGGCUUCACCUUUUUGGGAUCCGAUCAUCGAGCGCAGAAAACUUGAAAGUUGGAAAUAUUCUGACAUAUCAAAAGCUGGUCGCCUAACUCUCAUUCAAUCGAUUCUAAGCAGUUUGCCAACUUAUUACCUAUCGAUCUUCAAAUCCCCCAUUCAAGUUACUAAAGCACUUGAGAAGCUUAUGAGGGACUUCCUUUGGAAAGGUAUCGGCGAUAAACGAGGAUCUCAUCUUGUCAGAUGGAACAUUGUCACUCUCCCCAAGUCAAAGGGGAGUCUUGGCAUUACAAGCAUUAGCAUCACAAACAAGGCUCUACUUACAAGUGGUUGUGGCGCUUCUUCAAUGAAAAUAACAGCCUAUGGGUUUCUUUGA